ACUUUCUGUCAGUCGAAUUUUCUCCGUUGAAUGGAUUUUUCUCGGUGCAACGGUAUUUGUCAUCGAAGAGUAAAGAGUGAAAGAGUUUGAUUUAUCGGGAGUUGAUCCGCGUGUACACGCGUUUAAAAAUCUUUUCUCCUUUUUUUUUAUUCUGUCAAGGCUAGUCAUUGCUAUGCAUAUACAAUUUACGCGAAUGGACGAAUCAACGAGAUAAUUUAACGAUGACGAGGAGAACGUUUUAAGUGCUGGAAGAGGUACAGCUUUAAGCUGAUAAAUAUAUAUCUAUUACGACGAUUCUAACCUUAUUCGACGAUAAAAUGAAGUCGGGCAACAUGGACAAGCAUAGAGGCACGAUACUGCUAAAAUCGGAGGAAAAUGAACAGGUCUUUCAGCUGAUAGGAAAUCGGUGCCAGUGUUUAGCAGCUGGUGUUAUACAAUUAUAUUUGACGGAACCUCCUUUACAUAAAGAUUGGAUUAAAAAAAGUACAGGUAUUAUAACUCUAAUAAGAGACAAUCCAAGACGCAGCUUCUUUUUACGAUUGUAUUGUCUGCAAAGAAAAGCAAUGUUGUGGGAACAUGAAGUUUAUAAUUCAAUGGAAUACAAAGCACCAAUAUCAUAUUUUCAUACAUUUGAAGCAGAAGAUUGUAUGGCUGCAUUUAAUUUUGCAAGUGAAACUGAAGCUAUUACAUUAAGAAACAUACUUCUUGGUAAAUUAAAUGCUAAACGCCAGAGGAGACAAGAAAGGAAAGCGAAAGAAGUAGAUCCUAGUAGUACUUUAUCAUGGAAAAAUCAAACUAGUGUGUCAGCUUUUACUGUUACAUCAGGUUCACCGGGUAACUUAUCAAAUGGUGCACCUGCAGUUGGUGUUAAUAGAAGUGCUUCGAGUAGUUCAAUGUACAAAACAAAGAAGAAAAAAAAUGAACAGGACCUUAAACGCAAGUUAACAAAAGAUGAUAUUAGUCUUCCUUCUAAUUUUAGGCAUGUGGCACACUUGGGAUGGGAUGUAAAUAAUAAAGGUCUGGAAUUAGAUUCUGUAGAUUCAGAAUUACAACAAUUUUUCAAUAAUGCUGGUGUAUCUGAACACGAACUCCAAGAUAAAGGCACUCGAAAAUUUAUCUAUGAUUUUAUUGAAAGGAAUGGAGGAAUGAGCGCAGUGCAAGAAGAUAUUCGGCCAUUGACUAAUGUAAAAAGUAUCAUUCAACCUCCUGCACUGCCGCAAAGGCAGGAAUAUCCUCCACCUGUUCCAGCACGAACAAUACCUCAUCAAACACGCAGUGCUCCGCCUUUACCUCCAAAUCGUCUUAGCGUAUCUUCUCCAUCACCAAGUGUGCCAUCGAGUUUACCUCUAAACACAUCUCCAAAUGUUUUGUCUAAUCCUCCAUCAGUACAUAGAACCUUACCAUCAAGACCGCCACCACCCAAUAUAACUACAGCACCGACUCUUCCUCCACCUCCGCCUCCGCCUCCACCUACUCCUCCUUCUAGAAUUAAUUCCAAUAUUUCCAUGCCACCUCCACCACCACCUUUACCGGAUAUGAGUAGCACCAACAACAUAACAAUUAACACAAACGCUACUAAUAACAACAAUGAAGAGUCGAUUACUGAUCUUAGACCAAUGCUUAUGGAAUCUAUUCGAAGUGGUACAACUUUAAGGAAAGUUAAUAAGGAAGAAACAAAAUCAGUUGCGAUUCAAGAGGAUUCAAGAGGAGAAUUGCUUCGACAAAUACGUGAGGGCAUUGAAUUGAAACCUGUUCCAAACGAAGUAAAAUCAAAUACGGGACCUGUACCUCGCGGUGGUCUGGCUGAUGCGUUAUCCAGAGCUCUGGCUGAACGAUCUCGUGCAAUUCAUAGUGAAAGUGAAGAAUCGACUAGUGAUACUACUGAUGAUGAUGAAUGGGAUGAUUAGAUCACAG